CGCGCAGAGACCACGCCCCGCGUCUCGAGAAAAUCAGCGAGCCCGCGGUCUCCGUUCGCUUCCUCUCACCUUCAGCUGGACAUCGUAACGCCGACAACAAAAAACAGAAGCCACCUCAGUUACAUCGUUAUUCCAGCUGCAGCCGCAAAGCCAAUGUCAAGGAGAACAGAGAAGAUCCAGCAAAAUUUAAAUGCAGUUUAACCUAAUAUGAUCUUUUACCAUAAGUUUGUGCUGUUAUUUAUCUUUAUCUAAUUAGAGGAGAGCGACAGAAUAUUUUUUCUGCUCUUAUAUAUAUAUAUAUAUAUAACGUUGUACCCCGAGCUGCAUUCGACCAGUGAAACUGUUUGCACUGGUUCUCUGCAGCGAACCGGAGCUGUUACGCGGCGGCAACAUCGAUACAUCGUUCGCUCAUCCUCUUUAGUAGAACAAAAAAACAGUCACUUGUGUAGCGCUGCAAGGACAAACCCUGCCUGCACCACCUCCUCGCUUAAUCGUUUCGAGCCUUUCGUCGCAGUCAAAAGCUGCAAAGCAUCCGCGAAUUUUCUCCACCAGAGGAGCAGCUGCUGGAAGAGGAGAGACGACACACGACACGAGCCCCCGCAAUGGCCGAUGCUACCGCAGAGUGCAACAUCAAGGUGUUGUGUCGCUUUCGUCCUCUGAAUCAGGCCGAAGUCGUCCGCGGGGACAAAUUCCUCCCCAAAUUUCAAGGAGACGACACUGUGAUCAUUGGGGGGAAGUCCUAUGUGUUUGACCGAGUGUUUCCCACCAACACCACGCAGGAACAGGUGUACAACACUUGCGCCAAGCAGAUCGUCAAAGAUGUCCUGGCAGGGUACAAUGGCACCAUCUUUGCCUAUGGACAAACUUCUUCUGGAAAGACCCAUACUAUGGAGGGGAAGCUGCAUGAUACACAAGAGAUGGGAAUCAUUCCCCGAAUUGCAGAGGACAUCUUCAAUCAUAUCUUUGCCAUGGAUGAAAACCUGGAGUUUCACAUCAAGGUUUCCUAUUUCGAAAUCUACAUGGACAAAAUCCGUGACCUUCUGGAUGUAACCAAGACAAACCUGGCAGUUCACGAGGACAAGAACAGGGUUCCCUUUGUAAAGGGAUGCACAGAGCGUUUCGUGUCCAGUCCGGAGGAAGUGAUGGACGUGAUUGACGAGGGGAAAGCCAAUCGUCACGUGGCUGUGACAAACAUGAACGAGCACAGCUCCCGCAGCCAUAGCAUCUUCCUAAUUAACAUCAAGCAGGAGCACAUUGAGACGGAGCAGAAGCUCAGCGGGAAGCUCUACCUUGUGGAUCUGGCCGGAAGCGAGAAGGUCAGUAAGACAGGCGCAGAGGGAGCCGUCUUGGAUGAGGCCAAGAACAUCAAUAAGUCCCUCUCCUCACUGGGCAAUGUCAUCUCUGCCCUGGCCGAGGGAACGAAAACCCAUGUGCCAUACCGGGACAGCAAGAUGACACGGAUCCUGCAGGACUCCCUGGGGGGAAACUGCCGCACCACCAUGUUCAUCUGCUGCUCGCCCUCCAGCUUCAAUGAUGCUGAGACCAAGUCCACCCUCAUGUUCGGCCAGCGUGCAAAGACCAUCAGGAACACUGCCUCUGUGAACCUGGAGCUGACAGCUGAGCAGUGGAAGAGGAAGUAUGAGAAGGAGAAGGAGAAGAACAAGACGUUGAAGGAGACCAUCCAGAAGCUGGAGGCUGAGCUGAACCGUUGGCGUAACGGUGAGAAUGUGCCAGAGACAGAGCAGCUGAGCCCAGGCCAGGUGAAGCUGGAGUCCAGUGAGGAACCACCACUAGACAACGGGACCUCCUCCAUCGUGGUGCGCAUCUCCGCGGAGGAGCGGCAGAAGUACGAGGAGGAGAUCCGCAAGCUGUACAAGCAGCUGGAUGACAAGGAUGAUGAAAUUAACCAGCAGAGCCAGCUGAUUGAGAAGCUGAAGGAGCAGAUGCUGGAUCAAGAUGAGCUAUUGGCGUCCACACGUGGGGACAGUGAGAAGGUGCAAACCGAGCUAGGCCGUCUGCAGAUGGAGAGCGACUGCGCCAAGGCAGAGGUCAAGGAGGUGCUUCAGGCCCUGGAGGAGCUGGCUGUCAACUAUGACCAGAAGAGCCAGGAGGUGGAGGAGAAGAGUCUGCAGAACAAGCUGCUGGCAGAGGAGCUGGCCCAGAAAAUGGCCCAUCUGAUGUCGAUUGAGUCCGAACUGUCCCGCAUGCAGGAGGUGAGCGGACACCAAAGGAAGCGCAUAGCAGAGGUGCUCAAUGGUCUGAUGCGGGACCUCAGCGAAUUCAGCACCAUUGUGGGCAACGGGGAGAUCAAGCUGCCGGUGGAGGUCAGCGGCGCAAUCGAGGAGGAGUUCACAGUAGCGCGGCUCUACAUCAGCAAGAUCAAGUCGGAGGUGAAGUCUAUGGUGAAGCGCUGUCGGCAGCUGGAAAGCAUGCAGCUCGAAUGCCAUCGCAAGAUGGAGGAGACGGGCCGGGAGCUCUCUUCCUGCCAGCUGCUCAUCUCACAGCAUGAGGCGAAGAUCCGCUCUCUGACGGAGUACAUGCAGAAUGUCGAGCUGAAGAAGAGGCAGCUGGAAGACAAUUAUGACAGUCUGAGUGAGGAGCUGGCCAAACUGCAGGCUCAAGAAACCAUGCAGGAAGUGACAAAGAAGGAAAAGCAGAAGGAUGUCGAGGAGCCUGGCGAUGUCAAGAGAGCCCUGGAGCAGCAGAUGGAGUCGCAUCGCGAGUCCCACCACAAGCAGCUGGGGCGACUGCGUGACGAGAUCAAUGAGAAGCAGAAGGUUAUUGAUGACCUCACCGACCGCAACCAGAAGCUGGAGCUGGAGCUGCAGCAGCUGCGUGCCGACUUUGACCGCCUGAAAAGCCGAGAACACCACAAGAGCGUGCAGCUGGAGGAGCUGACAUUUCUUCACGAGCGCCACGAGCAGUCCAAGCAGGAUCUUAAAGGGCUCGAGGAGACCGUGGUGAGUCUCGCUGUCUUAGUCUCUGCCGAGCCGCUCCAGCCUAGUGCCACCGAUGACCCAAGGAUGACUGCUUCUUUCCUCUCCCGUUGUUCCACCAUCUCCCAGGCCCGUGAACUCCAGACCCUCCACAACCUGCGCAAGCUUUUUGUUCAAGACCUCACGACUCGAGUCAAAAGAAGUUCAGAGAUGGAGCCUGAUGAUAGCGGGGGGUCUACAACCCAGAAGCAGAAGAUUUCCUUUCUUGAGAACAACCUGGACCAGCUUACAAAAGUUCACAAACAGCUGGUACGUGACAAUGCAGAUCUGCGUUGUGAGCUUCCUAAACUGGAAAAACGUCUUCGGUCUACGGCUGAGAGAGUUAAGGCCCUGGAGAGUGCACUGAAGGAGGCCAAGGAGGGCGCUAUGAAGGACCGGCGCCGUUACCAGCAGGAGGUGGAGCGCAUCAAAGACGUGAUGCGUGCCAAGAACCCAAUGCGGCGCCCCCACGCUGCUCAGAUUGCCAAACCGGUGCGGCCGGGACAUUACCCUGCCUGCUCUCCGACCAACCCCGUGUUUGUGCGUAGUGCUGACCAGCCCAUCACCUUCAGCAACGCACUGUUCCAGAGUGCUCUUCAGCCAAUGACGACCCCCUGUGCCCCCAGAAACACCCAGACCGACACACUGCCCACGGAGUUGACCACCAGCGUGGUCAGCAGCACAGAGGCUGUCAGUUCCUACCAGCUGAAUGUGGACAAUGGAAACACCACAGAUAUCAAUGACAACAGAAGUGAUGUUCACUGCGGGAGCCAAGCUGAGGAUCCAGCCAAACUGUAUGUCGUUCAGCAAGAGACCGCCGCCAGCUAAUGCCAGCGUGCAGCGCACCGAUUCUUCCAAGAGCUCUCCUACAAGUCCGCAUGCUGCCUGACAGCUUUCCUUUGACCCCCGCUACUUCAGAUGUCCUUUUUAACCCCCAACAUCUUUUCUAUCAUCUGUGUCCUAGAUAAUAUGUCCUUCCUGCUCAGCAACUCCAAACUCCCACCCGUUUGUCCCGUAUUUAGUAGAGAUCUAAUGUAUACCUAGAAACUGUGGGAAUCACUAUAGCUGAACCAUUAAUGCAGGUUGCCCACCUGUUCUCAACACCUCUUUUGCUGUCUGAAUGAGAUGAAGCUGAGGGUGGGGAAUAGGAGAAGUCACAGAGCAGCAAUAGCGCCUUCCCACUGCAGUGUGCCGCUCUGUGUCGAGGGAAAAAUCAAUUUUUUCCCCCCAACCCCUCUCUGAGUUGAGCUUUGUUAUUCACUCUGGCUUCGUAGCAGCACAGCGUAUUUGAAAUGAAGCAGAAAGCUGGGAGCUGUGUCCCGCUGUUACGGAGUCUGGGUCGCAAACAGUGAUCGUGUCAACGUAAUUUUUCUUACUAAUUAAAUAAGCCAAGAGAAGCAGCCGGAGUAGUGCAGCAGAGUUUAGAGUCCAGUAGAGUAUAACACCGAUGAUAUUUUAAAGGGUUUUGAUUGCGAAUCGGACACUUGGAUACCUUCAGGGGUUGAGUGGUUGCCCUGGUAUUGCUUGGCAUCUCUGGGUCCACCUCGCCUACAGUGCGAACACAGCUCCCAGAGGACAUCAGACUCUGGUGUCCUGCCCGUUGAGCCAGAAAGGCCUGCUGAGCCAAACUGGGCCCCUCCACCCUCACACCUGCCGGCCAUUCACGUUUGCAGUGCUCCAUUAAGCCUUAAUGAGAGACAUCUACUGCGCUCUGGCCAGGCAGAUGAUGUUGAAGUCAAGUACACGUGCUUACAUAUAUAUGUGUAUAUAUGUGUUCCCUCAAGAAUACGUUAUGUCAAAGGCUCCGUCGGCUCGCACCGGGUAACGCAAAGCGGGAGAUUAACAGUCGUCCCAGAAAAUCGCGGGAUGUAGGGCCGUGAAAGGAAUGCCAGUCAUGGUAGCCAAGCAAGCAAAGGAACCAGGGAUCUCCUCACCGCUGCGGAUGCCGUGGGCUCGAUCUGCCAUCCCGUUUCAGCUGAUGCAUUUAGGUGCAGUUGAAUGGACAGCCCCUGCGGUGUGGGGAUGCCGUCGGGAGCAUCGCGGCCCAGGGGCGGGUGUCCCGUCUCAGCAGCUUUCUGGACAGACUGCGCCGCACUGCCACGCACGCACUGCUUAGCUUCACAGCCGGAGCUCCUGUCGCGAGCCGGAGCCGUUCUGCACUCCAGCCGACACUCACGUCACACACACUGGGUAAUGUAUCAUCUCUGUGUACUCCUUAGAAUGUGCAUCACCUGCUAUGAAAGUACUGCUGUAGAAAGAAUCAGCUGAAACAUUAUUUUUUGUUAGUUUCAUUUUUUUAAAUACAUAUACAUAUAUAAAAUUAUUACCGGACUGUAACAUACUCUGCUCUCUGUGGGUUGGGUGUUUCUGUUCUCGUUUUUUCCUGUCCCUUGCCGGUGUGUCUGUAGUAAAUUGUCCACGGUCUUUAGUUUAGUUGAAACAAAAAGAUGAAAAAAAUUGCAGUAAUUAUGUAGCAACUAUUUUUAUACACUUCACUAUAUUUGAAUAUUGGUUUGUUCUGUUUACAUAUCUUAUGUUUGCUGUAUUUAUGUACUUAUGCUGUGUUGCAUCUGUUAAUUAUUAUGAUUAGAACGGAAUGUAUAUGUAUAAUUGUGUUUACAGAAAUGAGCUGUAAUUUGUUUUGUUAUAUGAUGGAUUACAUUUAUUGCUUAUGAUGAUGCUAGAUGUCAUAAAAAAAAAAAAAACAGAUGAAGCCCCAUUGCUUAAACUGGAGGAAAUUUUAAGUGGGACUGCUUAGUAUACUCAUUGUCUCACAGUUCUGUAAAAGUGUUUGUGUAUGGAGGUACGCAGCUGGUCAAAUAUGAAAAAAAAAAACAUAUUGAAGAAUUAUCAUACAGGUCCAGACAGCUCUCUCGAGCGGCAACGUUCGAGCUGGACUCAAAUGGCAUGUCAUGAAUCCUCAGGCCCAGGUGGCGCCUGGACCAAGUGUAGAGUGGUGAUGCAGCCGUGCUGGCCAGCGUGCGUUCUGAAGAAAGGCUCCGAGCCCCUUCCCACGCCGUGCACCUCUCCUGUUGGCCUCUGCUGGCCUCCUGAUCAGCCAGUCGGGAUGAGAGAGGGCCCGAGUGGGAAGCGAGCCGGUGUCUCUCUGGGUCCGCGUGCCCCGAUGCCUUGCGUCCUCGAGUGCUCUUUAGCCCAGCCGUGUGGCCCACCCGAGGAUUCUCUGAGGCAUGAUCGCCACCUUCUUGAUGCUCUGCUCCCAGCGAUCGUCUGACUGAGGUCUCCACCCGGGGAUAACGGUAAAAAGUCGAAGGAGCUCGCCUCGCCGCGUUUCCCGGCAUCUCCGGUCCGUCGGCAGCGGUUCCGCCCUUCGCUUGCGUCGAUAUGCGUGGGUGUGGGUGCAGAAAAUUGGAAAGCGAAGCUUAGACUUGUGGAAAUAUUGUCAUUCGACGUGGGAGACUUCAGAAAA